UAUAAAGAAAAGUUGAUUCCCUUUUUAUCACCUAAAAAUUAAAGAAGAAUAAAGUGUGUUGAUUUCUUGUAUAUUAAGAGGGAAAAAGAUCCAAUUUUUCACAAUUUCAGCCUCACAAAACGCCUGCCCUUUUCCUCUCUUCGCGUGAAAAAAACGUUGCCCAUCUCUUCCAAGUAUUCCCCUCGCUCGCUUUCACACACAGCACACGCACUACAACGCGUAAUUCAUCUUCGCAAUACGCAAAUUGGGUGCAUGUCAUUUUCCCAGAAUAAAAUGUGAAUUGUUUUUUUUUUAUCUUUGAUUAGGUAAGGAUUUUCAAUUAGUCUUUUUUCCCUUAUAUUUUGAUGGGUGAGAUUUUAAUUUUUCUAUUUGAAGAAAAAAAAUCAGGGGUUUGGUGAGAGAAAAAGAUUGGAUUUUGUUGAAAUCUGAUCGGAGCCCGGCUUUUCCGGUGAUCAGAAAUCUUGUUAAAAGAUUGAAUUUUUUGCACAAAUAAAAAAGAAGAAAGGGAAAUAUUGAUAAAGACUUGCGGUUUAUGCAAAUGGUUUGUCUAAACGUCAAAGGGUAGUAAUCUUUGUUUCUUAAGAACAAUUUUCUCUCGCUUUUCUUACAUUUUUACAUUAGAAAGAGAGAAGGAAAGGAAAAUCCCGUCAAAUUUCUCUCUUCCUCUCCUCGUAAAAUCCUCUUGGUUUUUUCCUUCCUCUGUGCCAAGUUUCAAAAAAGAGUUAGGAGAGAGAAUCACACCAAAUUCUCUCUUUCUCUCUCUUAAGGGAAGAAAUCAUGUUUAUCAUGGACAAGGUUUCAAUGCAGACAACAAACCUCGAAAGCUUCUUGGAUUGCACAACGCCGCUUGCCCCAUCUCAGUUCCUCUCAAAGAGUGAGACAAGGAAGCUUAAUAGGCUAUGGCAUCCAUGGGAAAGGGAAAAAGUUGACUAUUUUGUUCUUGCUGAUCUUUGGAAUACUUUUGAUGAAUGGAGUGCUUACGGUGCCGGAGUUCCGAUCGUCUCCGACAACGGCCAAAAUCUAAUUCAAUACUUCGUGCCCUAUCUCUCUGCAAUCCAGAUUUUCACCAGCAGUUCAUCUGCAAACUGCUUGAGGGAGGAAACUGAUUCUGUGAGCGAGACAAGGGACUCGUUUAGUGAUUCGUUUAGCGAUGAGAGCGAGAGUGAGAAGUUGUCGAGGUGGGAUGGGUGCUCGUCCGAGGAGGGGAUAUGCGAGCAGGAUUUGUGGAACCAGAAUGAGAGAUUGGGUAAUCUUUACCUUCAGUACUUUGAGAGAUCGUCCCCCUACGGAAGGGUCCCUCUCACGGACAAGAUUAGUAGCUUAGCUCAAAGACACCCGGGAUUACUGUCGUUAAGAAGUGUAGAUCUUUCACCGGCUAGUUGGAUGGCUGUCGCCUGGUACCCUAUCUAUCACAUUCCCACUGGUAGAACGAUUAGAGACUUGCAAACGUGCUUCCUCACGUACCACACCCUUUCCUCCUCGUUUCAAGACAUGGACAUGGGGGACGAUGUUGAGAAUUUGAAGAGGAAAGGAAAGGAAGGGGAAAGCAUCCCUCUCCCUCCAUUUGGUUUGGCAAGUUACAAGAUGCAAGGAGACGUGUGGCUCUCGGACAAGAACGACCUUGACCGGGAGAGGAUGGCGUCGCUCUUGAGCGUGGCCGAUUCUUGGCUAAAGCAAUUGAGGGUCCAACAUCAUGACUUCAACUACUUCAUGGGAAUGCGGCAUGGCUAGCACAAACACACUCACAGACACGCACUCUUACGUCGUCGUCUAUGAAGCCCACCAUGAGAUAGGCCGUCGCGCAUCCGUGGCCGUUGAGCUUUGAUAGGGAUGGUGUUUUUGUUGAUAUUUUAGGACAAGUGAGAUUAACGUUGAAGGCUUUUUUAAAAGUUUUUGCAAAAGAUGGCUUGUGAUGAAGCAAAUGUAGUCGAGACUUGAGAGAGAGAGGUGAAACCAGUUUGUAAUUGUGUUUAACUUACUCGAUGGAACGAUGUUUUUUUUUUUUUUCUUUUUCUUUUUUCUUGUAAAUUUUCCUUUGGUUAGGGAAGUUACAUAAAACACGUUUUUGUACAUGUAAAUGUAUAGAUCUUGUGUUUUUGUGAUGGCGAUGAAGUCUGCAGCUCUUUUGCAUUUUUAGA